GUGUUUUAUGUCUUUUAUUCUUUCACGAUAUUACUACAAAUUACGGUGCUCUUAAAAACGGGACAAUACACGGUUACACUUUAAGAAGCCGGCUCCUGCGCGCACGUCCAUUCACUCGGGAGGCCGGUAGGCAAGAGAACGUCUUGAGUGUCGAUCGGUCACCGCUUCGGUGCAUCACCUGAGUCAAUCUCAGGGCUAUGAACUCAAACAGAAAGAAAAACGAAUACUCUGUGCGGCACUACAUCUCCUGUUCCCAGCAAAUAAUUCUGACAUAGAAGAAAAAGUAAUGAGAUUAGUUUAUGACUCCAAGGACAAUGACGCCGAGGACAAUAACUCCAGGACUCAAGCUGAUAUCGAAAAGACUUUAAAGCUGAAUGCGACCAAUUCCGAGAGUGAGAAACGCAGGAGAAAUGAGAUAAUGAAAUGCAUAAUGAAGAUACUGGAAAAUGGUGUGCAAGAUGAAAGCAUUAAACAGUUACUAGAAGUUGCCGUCGUUAAUGGUAAUCUAAAUGUUACCGAGAUGUUGGUUGAGCCCAUGUUGAUGGCAAACGAGAACAGAUCGAAAGAGAUGAACCCGAAUGAUGUGAACAAAUAUCUUGCAGGACUAUUGGAAAAAUGCUGUAAUCGUGGAUAUGAUAACAUUCUGAAAUUCCUAUUGUCCAUCAUUCCGAAAACGGAGAGUGAUUUCAUUAAUGAGCAUCCGCUGUUAUGCUGUGUCAUAAAAGAAAUGAAUCCGAAUGAUUCAAGAUAUCCUAGCUUCGAGGAGUGUUUGCGUCUUUUACUAAAAGAUAGACGCGUGAUGAUCGAUCGGGCAGAAGUGAGCAAACGCACGCCACUUUACUAUGCAGCAGGAAAUAGAAACGAUUUGGCGCAAAUUGAAUUGCUAAAGAAAGGAGCCUGUCUGGGUACAAUGGAUAUACGACGACGGAUGCCAGUUGAUUAUAUAGACCCCUUUCUUUUGGAAGAGCAUUUAAACACCUGUAUCACAGACAAUGGGCAGCACCUGAUUAAUGACGGCUAUGAGCUGACGCUGGAUUUUAAGAAUUUUAUUCCAAAGCAAGGUUCACCAUUGGCAGAGCACGAAACGCAAGAAAACCAAGAGACUAGAGUCCGGUACACUAGGAAUCGAACCGAUUCUGUGGCCAUUGAAAACGAAAUGCGAAACUCAUCCAGCAAUCAGACAAGUAGUUCUGAAACACCUCAUGCCGAAGAGAGUACCUUAUUGAUGCAGGGAGGAAACGGAAACCAGGCAAAUGCAUCCAACAAUGAGACAAGUAGUUCUGAAACACCUCAUGCCGAAGAGAGUACCUUAUUGAUGCAGGGAGGAAACGGAAACCAGGCAAAUGCAUCCAACAAUGAGACAAGUAGUUCUGAAACACCUCAUGCCGAAGAGAGUAGCUUAUUGAUGCAGGAAGGAAACGAAAGCCAUCAAAUUAGAAUGGAGAGUACAAGACCAGAAAUUCACCAACAACUGCCGGAAAGUGAAUUAUCUACCAUCUUAGAGCUUGCUCAAGAGUCAGCCAACCAGCGUAUUCUACAGCAUCCAGUGAUAUCAUGCAUAUUGGCUAUUAAACAAGCCGAUUUAUGUUGGUUUCGACGGAUAUACUGUUUGUAUUACCUCACUCAUUACGUUAUAUUGAUGGGUGUUUGGAUAGGUUGCAACUAUGCUGCUGAUAACUGCGUAGCGAUAUCAAUUCCUUCUUACCUUGUUCUUAUGAUUCUUAUGGUUUAUAUGACUGGACGUUGUUUCAUCUGUGUUGGUAUGGAUUUUGUAGAAUUUUGCUGGACAAGCAAAUUCUGGCGGCGAUUUGUUUGGAGAUGGAUUCAAUUAAUUCCAAUCAGUCUCUUAAUCGAAAUAACAUCUGGAAAACCCUUAUACCCUUGGAUUUCGGCUAUCUCUAUGAUAGUUUUGGCAAUUGAAUUUACAUUACUGUUAUCAAUUAUCCAGUGGCUCUCUAUCUCUACUAAUGUAAUCAUGUUUAAGAGAGUGUUAUACACUUUUUGCGAAAGCCUGUUACCAUUUUUGCCCAUCAUCAUGGGUUGUUUGUUAAGCUUCCACAUUUUAUUCAGGGAUACUAGCAAAAAUGAAUCAGCAUCACAAGACAAAAACACAACUCAGGCUGCACAAAAUGUGUACGAAAAGGAAAAUACAUCGAACGAAUUUCAAACAAUCGUAGGUACUAGUCGAAAAAUGUUCAGCAUGAUGGCCGGAGAUCUAAACACAGAAAAGCUGGAUUUCCAAACGGUACCAAGGGUUGUGAUGUUCUCUCUAUUUGUGGUCAUUAUUGUCAUUGUGUUGAACAACUUUGCGAACAGUUUGGCGGUAGAUGAUACACUGGGCUUGCGAGCGAAAUCCCAGUUUCUCGCCAUCAAGCAGGAUGUAAAGUUUAUGCAAAAGCUUGAAACCAUUUUGAAGAUACUGGAGCGAUACAAGAUUCCGUGGUGUUCAUCGUUAGUACUAAAAAUGUUGCAUCAGAUAAAACCACUGCCCCCACGUAUUACAAUUAAACUUAACGAGGAUGAUCCGCUACCAGUCGUCCGUAUAGAUAGAAAAUUUGGUUACAUAUGUAAAACCAUAAUCCAAAAGAAUGAACAUAAGCCAGUGGCGUCUCGUCCACCUGUGCAACCUGCGCACUGCACAGCAAACAUUUUUAGAAAAAAACCUGCGGAAAAUGGCAAGCGAGGCCGUUGCUGUUCGAUCUAGUUCCCAUAAACGCCUGUCUUGUGCAGCAGCGGUAAUGCCCAAUCUAGCGAGAUAGCUAAUAUUUUCCAUUUCGCGUGGUGAAUUUCAAUUCGCUUAGCGAAAUUGUGGAUGUAUGGUCUAUGCCCUGUGCACUUUGCGCUGAGCACAGGACGAGCAGAGCGAGUGCGACUGGCUUAAGCCGAAUGCUGUUGCGGGCCAGCUGAUGAGGCGAGGUGAAACAACAAAUAUAGAGCAAACGAGCUAGCUAGCUAAGCUGCACAUUUGCACUAAGUGCACACUUUGUGCCUCAUAGAUCGCUUCUGAUGCGGUACACAGACACUUAAUUUUAAGAAGUAGCAU